ACAAAUUAUUAUUUAUUUUGACAAUUAGACAUAUUGUUUUGUAUUUCCUUUGCUUCUGUUCGAUUGAAUUAAUGAAUUAAACUAGUUAUUAAUAAUAAACGGCUUCUACUCAGAUAUGUGCGAAUCUCAGCGGAAUAUUCUAGCAAUAAUUACAUUAAGAAAAAAGUGCCAAUUUGAUGUAAUCAACUGUGUUUGUUCCAGAGCUUUUGUGUGGUACAAAGCAGAACAAUACCCUUCGAUCGAAAAUAGUCCUGACGAAAUUAAUCUUCAUACAGUACAAGUUAAAUCAGAAGGGGAAAAUGAAACAGUUAGUUGUUACUAUAGUGCAUCUCACACAGACACUUUAUCCACUGAUGAGCACGAUAGUCUCAGGGAAUCAUCUGAAGGAAGACCAUUUUUACGGAGUGAUAGUGGUACUGAUUUGACAAAUUCAACUAAAUAUGACAUAUUUCUCGAUUGGAAAAUAUACUGGUCUUUGAAUGGAGAAAAAUUAAUUUGGGAAUCGUGGAUAGCAAAAUAUAGUGACUAUAUAAAUCCUGAAUAUUUAGGUUAUUGUGGAGAAAGUAAUGGACAAUUAGUAGAAGAAAAUAUUAAAUCCGAAAUUCCAAGACCUCAAGUUACAAAAUUUCAUUUUGAAGACUGUGAAUUGAAAAAUAUUCAGAUAAAUAAUCCAAAGGUUUUUCAACGUGAGUCUUCAGAGAAUGAUGAUACGUUAAACAAUGAUAUUUCGGAAGGAUGGAAUCCACUUUCUCCACUUAGCAACGAUGGUGAUACAGAAAAUGAACAGCUUCUGAGACCACGCUGCAGUUCACACACAGGCAGUUCUGUGAGGACAGUAGAUUCAAUGACAAAUGUCACACGUAUGACGAUCUCAUCAAUAGAUUUUAACAAAAGUCCAGCUGAUAGUUUAUCUUCAGUAAGCUCAGUUGAGAGUUCUAUUAGUACAACCACUUCAGAAGAAGACGAAGACAAUCAAAAUGAGUGGAAUCACUUAUGGAAAAUACAUUAUGAGGAAGAAUACCUUGUACAAUACAAUAAAUUUUUAGCAGAUAGAGAUUACCGAAAUACAUUAGAGCCACCACACAGAUCACUGAAACAUUCUGGUCAACAAACUGUUCCUAUUGAGAAGUCAGAUAAUUCCUCAAUUAAAGAAUAUCUGGACAAAAGGCAUCUUGAAAAAAUCUUUUCUAACUUAGACAUGGAAAAUGAAUCUAGUGACAAUUCAGAAUUAUUGGAUAAGGAAGAACCAAUUUGUGAUGAAAAAAUAAAAAUGAGUUGCCUUGGAUUACCCUUGUCAUUUGGUAAACCUGAUGAUAAUACAGUUUCCAAAUCCAAAAAGGCAUCUGCAGAAAAAAGUAGUUCUAAUUCAUCAAGAAAUAAAAUAAAGGCAGCUUUCUAUGUACUUGGUAUUGAGUAUGCUGAAAAUAAGGGUGAUUUGGUAGAGGGUGAAGUGGAAUAUAAAAUGAAACAUAUAAAUUCACAAAAUCGCUUAUUGAGACUGCGAGGAGAAAAGCGCCCAAGACAUACGUAUUUUGAUGAUGAAGGAAAUCCAAUUUUAGAAAACAAAGAUGAGGAAGUUCCUACUGGUAAUUUAUCCGACUGUUCAGAAAAUAAAAUUAGUUCUCCAGAGGAAGAAAAUAACACAUCUGAACAAACAAACACAAAUGAAGAAAUGAUAGAAACAGAUCACUGUGUUCCUAAAAAAAGAAAGAGGAGGAAGAAACUUAACAUUCCUUCAGAAAUAAAGGAAAAUCCAAAGUUGAAAAAAUAUUGGUUGAAAAGAUUUACUCUUUUCAGGCGGUUUGAUCAAGGGAUUAAACUUGAUGAAGAAAGUUGGUAUUCCGUGACUCCUGAAUUGGUUGCCAAAAACACUGCAGAGAGGUGUAGAACCGAUGUCUUAGUGGAUGGAUUUUGUGGAGCUGGGGGAAAUGCUAUUCAGUUUGCUCUUACUUGUAAAAAAGUGAUAGCCAUUGAUAUUGACCCCAAGAAAAUUGAACUUGCCAAGAAUAAUGCCGCAGUUUAUGGUGUUCUGGAUAAAAUUGAGUUCAUAGUUGGUGACUUUUUCUCUUUGGCUGCAGAAAUCAAAGGAGAUGUCGUCUUUUUGAGUCCGCCUUGGGGCGGUCCAUCUUAUUUAAGUAGUAAAACAUACGACUUGGAAAGUAUGCUUCAACCAGUGCCAUUUUCUCAACUGAUGGAUGCCAGCAAGCAAAUUUCUCAAAACAUUGCUGUUUUCCUUCCUAAGAAUAGCAAUACUUCUGAUGUGAUGAAACAUGCAGGACAAAAUGGAUUUGUGGAAAUAGAACAAAAUUUUAUCAAUGACCACUUGAUAGGUAUAACAGUUUAUUAUAAUGACCUUGUGAAAAUGUGAUAAGAAUAAAAAUAAAUGUAUAUAAUAGCA